AUGUCAGAUAGGGACCUCGAAGCAAUCAGAGCGGCGCGACUCCAACAGCUGCAGUCGCAGCAAGGCGGCGGUGGCUUGCCAGCCCCGGGCGGAGGAGGGGGCCAAGAAGACCAACAAAAAGCCCGUGAAGCUGAAGCCCGCCAAUCUAUUCUCUCACAGAUCCUCGAGCCACUAGCCGCCGAUCGUCUGGGACGAAUACGCAUGGUCAACGCGCAAAGAGCCGAAGAUGUGGAAUCGAGAUUGAUCAUGUUGGCGAGGAGUGGACAGUUGAGAGCUCGAAUUGGGGAGGAACAACUCAAAGAGAUUCUGGCUGCUGUGGCUGAUCAGGCUGAGAAGAGCGGUGGAGGCAGAGGGGAGACGGGCAGAGUUGUGGUGCAGAGACGGAAAGGUGGUUGGGAUGAUGAUGAUCUGGAUGAUUUGCUGAAUGAGGAUUGAUGCGCAAAAAGAGAGAAGGAACUCGGAAGCUAUGGGAAAAUAGGUUUCAUCUGGUUUGCGGAUGGUGCGGAACGAGAUGAGUGACCCGCUCGAAGAGAUGCUGAACUGGGAUGCAGGAAAAGUAUGGGAUUGUGCAUAGCGCGGCGUUCGGUAUAUACGAUCAUGCAUCUACCACGAUCGUAUUUCUUGCUACGAAAGCGAACUACCCUUCAUGAAUGAAAGCGUCCAGCGCAUCGUAUAUCUGCUG